AUGCAGAAAGAUCGAAAAACAUCGAUGUCAAUUCAUAUCUAUCUAUCUAUCUAUAUAUCUAUCCUCAUUCCCAGACCUGUUUUUAUCUAUCUAUCUAUCUAUCUAUCUAUCUAUCUAUCUAUCUAUCUAUCUAUCUAUAUCUAUCUUGCCGGCUGCAAAGUUAUCUGCACGAUCCAAUUCUAUCUAUCUAUCUAUCUAUCUAUCUAUCUAUCUAUCUAUCUAUCUAUGAGGCCUGACUGCAAAGGCCGACUGCAAAGUUAUCUGCACGAUUCAAUUCUAUCUAUCUAUCUAUCUAUCUAUCUAUCUAUCUAUCUAUCUAUCUAUGAGGCCCAGAGGGCAAAGUUAUCUGCACGAUCCAAUUCUAUCUAUCUAUCUAUCUAUCUAUCUAUCUAUCUAUCUAUCAUAUCUAUCUAUCUAUUUGUGAUGCAAAGUUAUCUGCACGAUCCAAUUCUAUCUAUCUAUCUAUCUAUCUAUCUAUCUAUCUAUCUAUAUCUAUCUAUCUAUCUAUCUAUCUAUUUUGAGGGCCUGACUGCAAAGUUAUCUGCACGAUCCAAUUCUAUCUAUCUAUCUAUCUAUCUAUCUAUCUAUUAUCUAUCUAUCUAUCUAUCUAUUUUUAUCUGCAUUGAUCCAAUUCUAUCUAUCUAUCUAUCUAUCUAUCUAUCUAUCUAUCUAUCUAUUUAUUUGAGGGCCGACUGCAAAAGUUAUCUGCACGAUUCAAUUCUAACUAUCAUCUAUCUAUCUAUCUAUCUAUCUAUCUAUCUAUCUAUCUAUCUAUCUAUUUGUCGGCUGCAAAGUUAUCUGCACGAUCCAAUUCUAUCUAUCUAUCUCAUCUAUCUAUCUAUCUGUGUGAGCCGACUGCAAAGUUAUCUGAACGAUUCAAUUCUAAUUAUCUAUCUAUCUAUCUAUCUAUCUAUCUAUCUAUCUAUCUAUCUAUCUAUUUGUGAGGGCCGACUGCAAAAGUUAUCUGCACGAUUCAAUUCUAUCUAUCUAUCUAUCUAUCAUCUAUCUAUCUAUCUAUCUAUCUAUCUAUUUUCUGCAAAGUUAUCUGCACGAUCCAAUUCUAUCUAUCUAUCUACCUAUCUAUCUAUCUAUCUAUCUAUUAUCUAUCUAUCUAUCUAUCUAUCUAUCUGUGAGUGCUGGCUGCAAAGUUAUCUGCACGAUCCAAUUCCUAUCUAUCUAUCUAUCUAUCUAUCUAUCUAUCUAUCUAUCUAUUUGUGA